CAAACUACACAAUGCCCUGGCCGAGGCAGAUGAAUAUAAGCAGCUCGUAGACUCUUUACGUAACCACGCAGCUGAUCCCAACUCCACAGGACCUCUUGAGCCUAUGGAUAGUGGGCCGAAUCUUAGCGACGAGGCAUUAAUUGUUAUGCGUGAGGAAUGCGAUCAUCUCCGUCUUAAGGUCACUGAAAUAGAAGCUGAGAUGAAUGCAGCCCGAGUAUCUCAUCAGCGUCUUAUUGAAGAAAAUCGAAGAAUUAAUGCUGAUUCUGAAACAUAUAAACUUGAACGGGACGAACUCCGAGACAAGGCAAGAGCCUUCCUCAUAUUUUCCAAUUCUUUUGAGAUUUAUGUUCAAUUUUAUGAUAUUCCUCACCCUUGGUCAUCUUGUGUGUUCUAG